CAUUUCCUGUCAGGCUGUAGCAUCAGAUCCAGACUCGCAAAGGUUCCCUGUGAGUCACGUUGAAAACUUCCUUCCCUCCCCUCGUUUCGUCCCCUCACUCCUCCCCAUCCCGCGCGCCUGCAGACAGCACCAGUCCUGUCCUGAUCCCAGCAGAACCUCCAGCAGGACCGACGCGAUGAUCGCCUCAGGAAUGGGCUCCUCUUGGGUUCUGCUGUGCGCCAUCGCCGCGCGCUUGGCUCUGCAGGGCGCAGCGUCGGAAGAACGGCCCAUUGAGCAGCGUCCCAUCACAGAUGUGCCAGGACAAGAGAUGAUCUAUGAUGAUUCAUUUUUCAUGCAAAGGCAGGUCGAUAUGUCCAGUGUCUUUGACCUCCAGAAAGAGUCGCUCCUUCAACGACCAAUAAAUCCUCCGCUUAUGCCAAUGGGAGAAGGGGCUUUUGCAUUUGGAGUCAUGACUCCAAGAGGAAGUCGCCCAUCUUUUGAGCAAUAUCCGGUGAACUUCCCCCUUAGCCAGCCGUCGGCUGACAACAUUGAAGCCAUCUGUCGCCAUGGCGAUUUUCGUCCCCGCUACCCUAAGUCGUACUUUCCCACCUCCAGUUUCAGCAAGUUUAAGCGCAUGGCUGCUGCUGUCAAUAAUGCAGAGUCUUGGUUUGGCACUUGCUGUAAUCAAAACCAGACGUCGCUGAAUGACACGGUGUUGUGUUGCACCACACAAGCGUGGGAACUCUCUGUGAAGCUAUUCUGUGAGGAGGACUCGGCAGUCAAAGAUGUGCUUUAUGAGUGUUGCAGAAAAAGAGGCAUCGACAGACUAAAGUGUUUUAAUGCCGAUUCUUUAAACCAAAACUACCAACCAACAGAGGAGCUGCCAGUGUCGCCCGUCCCUCCCACUGCAGAGUUCAACUUUGAUCCGAGCAUCUGCCCGAGGAAACUGAUGACUCCCAGAUCGGUGAGAAAAAAGGAAAAAAAAACCUUCACUUCCCAGAAGACUGACAUCAACUUUCCUCUUGGACAACCCACGGCGGACAACAUCGAGUCGUUGUGCCGCACGUCGAGGCGGCAACCCUUCUAUAGCAUCAGGUGUUUGCCGCGUUCAGGCUAUGAGCUCCUGGCUCGGCAAGCUAAGAGCAUCAACAGUUUGACGAGAGCGUUCCAACGAUGCUGCAGUCGGAGUAAUAAGCUGAAUUGUGCUAAUCAGAAGUGGCGUGAGGAGCUGGAGAAGUUCUGCUCGGUGAAGCAAAAGAAGACGAGCUUCAUGUGUUGCUCUGGUGAUGAUCCGGCUGCCUGGUCGGCAUGUUUCCAAUCAGCUUCUCCGGAUCCGUACUAUAACACGACCUCUGCCUCCAAGGAGGCUUCACUUACCAAUCUAUGUGACAAUCCUUCUCUAAAAAACAGACUUCCCACUGAGUUUCCUGCGGAGACCUUUCUGAGCGAAUGCUGCCCCCUGCCUGAACCAGACAAGACCAUCUGCUCCACGCAGAAGCUCGCUGAGAUGUCCCAGGAGGCGUGUUCAAAAAGAGAAUCUCAAUCUGUUACUGUCAAACUGUGCUGCAGACUCGGUUCACAGGAGCGUAGUUCCAAGUGUGUCUCCAAAUUAGUCAUGGAUCCCAUCGCUAACGCAGCUAGGAACAGUAGGAAGAGGAAAAUCUGCCCCAUCUCCUAAAAGCCUCACAUGUCACUGUCUAAUGAGGAACAUUGUAUUUUGUCUUAAUGAUAGAGAAACACAACAGACUCUAUUUUUUUGCCUAUAAUCACAUGUAAAGUAAAUUCGUUUGCUUUUCUUUAAUGACUGUCAGGCCCAAAGGCUCAGGAUAUUUAUGGAUGAUUUCCCAUAAAUACCACUAGAAGACUUGUCCUGUUCUUUGCUGCCUCUGACAAAUCAAGCUUCACAGUAUUUUAAUAUUAAAUGCAAACAUCAUAGUCAGUUAAAACACCUGCACUAACCAGUUUUUACCAGUUCUGUCUGAACAUUUUUAUGUUUUUAACUUCAAAUCAAUAAACUGUUACACCAAACA